AUGUCAACCAACUUCGACGAGUUGGCUGGCGUUCUAGCCAUCUACGGAAACCGCGACGCUGAAAAUAUCACUCUCAGGUUCCCUGGAGAGCCUCGUGGAAUGACCCCGAACGAUGCUUUCUGUGGCCACUGCCACAUGCCGCUUCUGCACGGCGAUCAUGAGCCGCACGGCGAGGAACUGCCAUUCCAGCUACCCUGCGGCUGUGUUAUUCACGGCGACUGCAUUGCCUUCUGGUUCGAGACCGAGAUGAACGCCUCUCCUCGGAGCGAUGACGGGGUGCACUCGGUCUAUCUGACUUGCCCCGUGUGCGACGGCAUGAUUGACCACCCGGACUUGAAGUGGCAGGAGGGCAUCACCGAGCCUCUCACUCGCUUGUUCUACAAGAAGCAGGACAAUUUCCUGGUCGUCAACAUUGCGAUCGUUCCGGCGCUCUCGUCUACUUGGACCUGUGAUCCAAAGGACACGAGCUUCUUCAACCCUCACCAGCCCAUGCCGGAGCUCGAGUAG